CAGAGAGCGCGUGCUCACAGCAGCAGUUCCAGGCUAGUAACUACCUCUAAAUGUGGCCUGUGGUGGCAGCGCUGCUGUUGGGUUCUUUUCACUGCUGUUUGGCACAACUAACCUUUAAAAAUAUUAGCUCUGUGAAUGUUGGCUGUUGCAGCAGAGAUGUUCUCAUUCCAUGCUAUGUCACCAACAUGCAGGCCGAAAAUAUUAACGAAUUAUUUUUGAAAUGGAAAUUUGAACAAAGUGUAAUUUUUAUCUUUGAUGGACCUGCAAACAAAUCUACAACUUCUUUACAGUUUCCAAGUGCACAAAUUUCCCCCUCAGAAUUUCUAAAAGGAAAUGCUUCUUUGAAGUUGGCUAGGAAUGAUACAAAAAAGGGAAACUACACAUGUGAAGUGACAGAACUGAGCAGAGAGGGGAAACACACUGUGGAGCUAAUAACAAAUGAUGGUUUGGCACAACUAACCUUUAAAAAUAUUAGCUCUGUGAAAGUUAACCAUUGCUUCAGAGAGGUUCUCAUUCCAUGCUAUGUCACCAACAUAGAGGCAGAAAAUAUUAACCAAUUGUAUUUGGAAUGGACAUAUGGACUAAGUGUAAUUAUUGUCUUUGAUGGACCUGCAAACAAAUCUACAACUUCUUUACAGUUUCCAAGUGCACAAAUUUUCCCCUCAGAAUUUCUAAAAGGAAAUGCUUCUUUGAAGCUGGCUAGGAAUGACACGAGAAAGGGAACCUACACAUGUAAAGUGAAAGAAUUGGGCAGAAAGGGGCAACAGGUCGUGAAGGUAAAAAAAAGUGAAGAUUCAUUGUGUAGUUUUAGAGAAGAGGUUGCCAUCAUGGUUUUCCCAUUUUUGACUAUACUUCUGUUCUGGGUACAGUUUGGUAUUUUAUUACGAAAAUAUAAAUUCAACUGGACGAAUACGAAAAUUGUUUUUUUAUGUACUUUUGGACUAUUGUUCACCUUCGAUGCCUUGUUUGGAGUCAUCUUUUUUCUCUCAGGAGUUAAAGAUUCAAAAAUCAAAAGCUAUGGGCUUUUUUGCCUCAUUAGUCCUUCAGUGAUGCCUGCAGUUCUUCAGUAUGUAAAGUUUAAGCCAGGUUGGCUCCAGAAAGCCUCAGCAAAGAAAGCCACAUUACAAUGUCAGAUGUUUUUCAUCUGGCCCCAGGAACAAACUCCGCAAAGAGCCAACUUGUCUCCAGUCCAGUUAGCAUCCCAUGCAUCACCUAGUGAGGUAGCCACUCUUAGUGCUGCCAACACUUCUCUACAUGUUAUCUUCAAUCAGCAUCUUUCUGACAGUGCCACUAACACUACAUUGGAAAAAAAAUAG